GCGCGGCACCACGUCCAUUCCGCGCUCGCGAUUUAAGUCAUCGUCGCGUCGUUUCGCGCCAAUUGGAAACUUAAAUCGAAUGUAAAAAAAAUAAUUAAUACCUACUCCAAUAUAAUCAAGUUCUUUCUCAAUACGAAGCGAUGCAGCUGUUAGAAUCAGUAUUAGUGCAGUGACACGAAACGAUUAACGACUGUUGGACAGUUACAAGUGUGACGGCCAGUGAAAUGAGCAUUUUUCCGCAAAAUGCUCAAAUAUCACCGGCGUUCCCAUAGGCACAAGUCGCCUGUGCAGUGUUUGCGAUGGAGAUCGUCGGGCGACUCAGAUGCGGCGAGCACAGCCGCCGUGGAGACGACGUUGGAACGGCUGCGUGGCACCCGCGGCGCGCUCGAGGAGCUGUGGUCCGACCGCGAGCGCAGGCUUGAGCUCACGCUCCAGCUGAGGCACUUUGAACGCGACGCACUCGAGGUGUCCUCGCGCCUUGAGUUGUGGGGCGACGAGCUGCAGCGCACGGAGCCGCCGCGCGACCCGCAGCAGGCCGAGCAGGCGCUCGCCGCGCACAACGAGAGCGUGGCCAGGAUGCAGCACGCCACCUACCAGCGCACGGAGCCGCCGCGCGACCCGCAGCAGGCCGAGCAGGCGCUCGCCGCGCACAACGAGAGCGUGGCCAGGAUGCAGCACGCCACCUACCAGCGCACGGAGCCGCCGCGCGACCCGCAGCAGGCCGAGCAGGCGCUCGCCGCGCACAACGAGAGCGUGGCCAGGAUGCAGCACGCCACCUACCAGCGCACGGAGCCGCCGCGCGACCCGCAGCAGGCCGAGCAGGCGCUCGCCGCGCACAACGAGAGCGUGGCCAGGAUGCAGCACGCCACCUACCAGGUAACAUCACUGGAGUUGGGUGACGCUUGA